AUGGGUUGCGAGGAUAUGGACGAGGAGCUUGGCCCUCAACAUGUGAUAGCCCAAUGGCAACCCGUGCGCAGGCAGAGAGAAGGGAAGGAUCCGGCAAACGUGGUGGAGAUGGAGGCUAGGAAAAAGGAGAAGGGCCGAGAGAGCACAGGGCGAGGCUGCACAGAAUGCGGAAAGCCGGGGUGA